GCGAUGUUUUCUAAGUGAGGGGCAGAAACAUGGCGGCGCUGUAUGAAUCGUACACGCUGUGUGGGCUCGUGCCAGCGCAGAACUCCGCAGACUCGGGGAUUCAGGGGAUCGAGCCGGACGGAGAUGAGGACCGUGUGAUCGUUACCGACUGCGCGCGAUCUGUCACCGUGUACAAGGUUUCUGAUCAGAAGCCACUGGGCAGCUGGGCAGUGAAGCAGGGCCAGCGUGUGUCCUGUCCUGCUGUCUAUAACACACAGACGAACGAAUAUGUGGUCGUUACAGAUGAAAAGAUCAUCAGAGUUUGGAAAGAUGAAGAAGUCAGUCUCGACAAAGCCUUUAAAGCAACAGUGUCUGCUGAGAUAUACAGAGUGCACUCAGCCCCAGAGCAGGAGCCGGUCGUGCUGUUUCAGCGCGGUGCUGUUCGACUCCUCGACUCGCUCCUCACUGCUCCUCAGCAGCCCAUAGAGGAGGCGCUGUCACAGGAGGAGGUCAUCAGGUGGAGUACAGUGGUGCGGGCGGAGCAGCGGCUCAUCCUUCUUUUCAGCACAGAACAGAAAGGAGAACACUUCCUGUAUGUCCAGAGGUUCAGUCCUAACACACUAUCAAAGCACAGGUUGGAGACGGAGCCCGGUGUGUCGACCCCCCUCAGCUGCACUGCCACCUUCAGAGACGGAAACAUACACCUGCUGUACCUGUUACGGAGUGGUGGUGUGUAUGAGAGCAUUCUGGCAGCUCGACCUGCAGUUUCUGCACCAGCUGAAGAAAUUCAGGCUCUGCCACGCUCUCUGCUCUUACAGCUGCCCGCUGGAGACGGAGAGCUGAGCUGUGCCUCGCUCCUGCCUCUCGACCAGGCUCACAUAGCUGUUGUGGGAGUACCACAUCCCUCAGCCGGAACUGGGAAAGAUUUCCUGUGUCUGUGGAACACACACUUUCAGACUCUGCAGGCUGCCAGAGAGCUUCCAGGAAGGAUAUAUGGCCAGAUGUGGUGCUACUCCAGCAAGCUGUUUGUGUGUCAUGGGAAAGCGCUCUCUGUGAUUCCCUUUGAGUGUCAGAAGUCAUCUCUGGCCACCGCCAUGGGGAAGCUGAAACAGACCAACACCAGCGAGAGCAAGGGUCCAGCGCUUGUGCCGUCCUGGAACGAUCUGCUUCAUGGCAGUACGACGCAGACACACACACAGGGGAAGAGCCGGAGCUUGUCCACACGGAGGACUAAGACAAGCUCAAAGCACCAGCCGUGCCCGACAGUCGAGCAGCUGGCAGAGGACAUCAAGGUGAGCGCUGUGCAGGAGGUGGAGAGACAGGUGCAGGAGUUUCUCAGUGGAGCGGAGCAGGAAGCGUUACACCUCUCAGCCGGGAGACUGGCGUGUGAACUUGUGGCGCGGUGUCAAGCAGAGCCAGGGUUCUACCCACAUGCUGCCCUGCUGCAGCUGGUCGACACACACUACCUGUGCCACAGCGUGUGUCCUGACCUGCUAAUGCUGGCUUUAGAGAAAAGCGACUUCCGCCUCUGCCAGUUCUGCCUGCAGCUCUUCCCUGAUAUUCCUGAAGCUGUUACCUGUGCCUGUCUCAAAACUAUCCUUAGUGUUCCAGACACAGAAUUGGAGCGCAUGGAUCUGGAGGCAGACAGUCUGCUCUUCAUGAAGGCUCUUACUCAGAGCCCUGAUUCAGACAGAGACCAACAAAACGGUUUUUGUCCUCCCCCAGCGGAUGAGGAAAGCUGUGAUGUUCCUUCAGAAACCCCGGCUCUCGGCCCCAAACCCCCCAGAGACCCGUUAGCUCUGGAUAUGAGCUGUCCUGUGGGACUACACAAAGGAGCACUACUCAACGAGAUUCUGCAGACGGCAUACAGCGACAAUCUUCUCCUUCCCCAUCUAAAAGACCUCAGCGUCUCACACGUUAUACUCCUCCUGCAGUACCUGAGGUUCCUGUACCUGAAAUAUUCUCAAGAUGCCCACGCUCAGAUCCGCACCUUACGAAUGCCAGCCAUAAAUCAGAUUUUGGAUUGGGUUUGCUUGUUGCUCGAUGCGCACUUCACAGUCCUGGUUUUGGCUCCUGAAGCUAAGAGCUUGCUCUCCGGCCUUCACAAGUUUGUGAGAUCACAAGUGAAGUUGUACUCUGAACUGGGGAAGAUUGAAGGAAGCCUGGAAGCACUCAAACAAUCCAAGCAGUCCCAGGAGAUGGGCCAGUAUUCCAUAGAGGUGCUCGAGCUCUUUUAGUCGACCUGUACAGAUGCUUUUUAAUAAAACCCUGAUAAUGACCUCCAA